AUGGCUCCAGAAGACGCGAUUCCGCUUACGCCCCGAGAGGCGGCCUCUGGUCUGCUGGGCUCGGUCUCGAUGACUUGCUGGAUCUUCUUACUGGUCCCGCAACUCAUCGAGAACUACCGCAACAGCAACGCGGAAGCAAUCUCCCUCCUCUUCGUCUUCGUCUGGUUCGUCGGCGACGUAACCAACCUCCUCGGCGGACUUCUAGCACACCUCGUCCCAGUCAUCGUCGCAAUCGCAGUCUAUUUCUGCAUUGCAGACGGCGUUCUCAUCGCCCAAUGCCUGUACUACAAGGCGCGUAAUGCGCGUCGCGAGAACCACCGCCGCCGACGCUCGUCCACCGAGACACCCGACCCCACGACCCCGCUCCUGGGUCGUCGAUUCAGCGACAGUCUUCCGAUCCCGCAAGGUCGUCGGCGCUCAUCUGGUUCGCUGCGCGGAUAUCAGGCUGCUGGGCGACGGGAGAGUCAGGCCGAAGACCCGCUUGCGAAGAUUGUUGAGGAGAGCGAGUAUGGGCGCAAGGCUUGGGCUAAGAACUGUGUUAGUAUUCUCGGCAUCUUUCUUGUUGGUAUGGCCGGCUGGACUAUCGCUUGGCAGACUGGCAUGUGGGCGCCGGCGCCGCAGGAGAGUCGUGGUGAUAGCGGUGAUAAUGGGGAAGCGGCUAGUGGGCAGGUGUUGGGCUAUGUCAGCGCUAUUUGCUAUCUGGGUGCGAGAUUGCCACAGAUCUAUAAGAACUAUGCCGAAAAGUCUUGCGAAGGGCUGUCUCUUUUGUUCUUCAUCCUCUCCCUUCUUGGCAACCUAACCUACGGUGCCGGGAUCCUGUGCCACUCCACCGAGCGAGAAUACUUUGUCACUAACCUCCCAUGGCUUAUUGGAUCCCUGGGUACGAUGGCGGAAGAUGUUAUCAUUUUCAUCCAGUUCCGCAUCUACGCUGCCCAAGACGAGCGUCCUUCGGCGGUGGCAUGA